CUCUCUCUCCCUCUCCCUAUCUCAUUCCUCCUCUUCUUUUCCUCUCUAUUUCUUGUCUUUCCUAAGCCGUACCCCCGCUUUAGAACCAUGGAUCUCACGACGAGAUGUUUGUUUCUACUAUCCUGCCUUCGCAUGUUAUUGGCGAUCGAUUUGGACGCGGUGGAACCAAGCUACUAUGUGGAGCCCUCUACCACUUCAGAUGUAAUCGACUACAAGGAUCCCUGCAAAGCUGCUGCCUUUCUGGGAGACAUCGCCCUGGAUGAGGAGGACCUGCGCAUGUUCAAGGUGGAUCGUAUAGUGCACGUGGCCCGGCAGACCAUCCAGACCGUUAAUCACACGAGCCCAGUGACAGGCUCUUCAGCCAAUGAAACCAGUCAGAGCAGAACAUUGCCAAACCGUCAGGGUGUGCGCCGGAGGAAAAGGGCGGCCACCUCCAGGCCUGAGAGGGUGUGGCCGGAGGGUGUCAUUCCAUACGUUAUCAGUGGCAACUUCAGUGGCAGCCAGCGGGCGAUAUUCCGGCAGGCCAUGCGUCACUGGGAGAAGCACACCUGCGUGACGUUCAUUGAGAGAACACAGGAGGAGAGCUACAUAGUCUUCACCUAUCGGCCAUGCGGGUGCUGCUCUUAUGUGGGGCGCAGAGGCGGGGGCCCCCAGGCCAUCUCCAUCGGUAAGAACUGUGACAAGUUUGGCAUCGUGGUGCACGAGCUGGGCCAUGUGAUCGGCUUCUGGCACGAGCACACGAGGCCUGACCGAGACGAUCAUGUGAGCAUCAUCAGGGAGAACAUUCAGCCAGGGCAGGAGUACAACUUCCUCAAGAUGGAGCCAGGGGAGGUGGACUCGCUCGGCGAAGUGUACGACUUUGACAGCAUCAUGCACUACGCCAGGAACACUUUCUCCAGAGGCAUCUUCUUAGACACCAUCCUGCCGCGCUAUGAUGUGAACGGGGUGAGGCCACCCAUCGGCCAGAGGACGAGACUGAGCAAAGGGGACAUCGCUCAGGCACGCAAACUCUACAAGUGUUCAAGAUGUGGCGACAGUCUGCAGGACAGCAGUGGGAACUUCUCGUCCCCUGGGUUCCCCAAUGGAUAUUCGGCCUAUAUGCACUGCAUCUGGAGGAUAUCUGUCACACCUGGAGAGAAGAUCAUUCUGAACUUCACCUCCAUGGAUCUGUACAGGAGUCAUCUGUGCUGGUACGAUCAUGUGGAAAUCAGGGAUGGCUACUGGAGGAAAGCUCCUUUGAAAGGUCGUUUCUGUGGGGAUAAACUGCCUGAACCAAUCAUCUCCACUGACAGCCGACUGUGGAUCGAGUUCCGCAGCAGCAGUAACUGGGUGGGCAAGGGCUUCUCUGCGGUGUACGAAGCGAUCUGCGGCGGGGAGGUCAAACGGGACAACGGGCAGAUCCAGUCUCCCAACUACCCCGACGACUACCGGCCCAACAAGGUUUGCGUGUGGAAGAUCACAGUGGCCCAGGGCUUCCACGUGGGCCUGACCUUCCAGUCGUUCGAGAUCGAGAGGCAUGACAGCUGUGCCUAUGAUUACCUAGAGGUGCGGGACGGCAAUUCGGAGAGCAGCCCCCUCCUGGGCCGUUUCUGUGGCUACGACAAACCUGAUGACAUCAAGACCAGUUCCAACCAGCUGUGGAUGAAGUUUGUGUCUGAUGGCUCUGUCAACAAGGCUGGCUUUGCUGCCAACUUCUUCAAAGAGAUGGACGAGUGCUCCAAGCCUGACAACGGCCGCUGCGAGCAGCGCUGUGUGAACACUCUGGGCAGCUACAAGUGCGCCUGUGACCCCGGGUACGAGCUGGCGUCCGACAAGCGCAGCUGUGAGGCCGCCUGUGGAGGCUUCAUCACCAAACUGAAUGGCUCCAUCACCAGUCCCGGCUGGCCCAGGGAGUACCCCCCCAACAAAAACUGCAUCUGGCAGCUGGUGGCCCCCACCCAGUACCGCAUCACAUUGCUGUUUGACGUCUUCGAGACUGAGGGCAAUGAUGUGUGUAAGUACGAUUAUGUGGAGGUGCGAAGCGGGUUGUCUGCAGACUCUAAAUUACACGGGAAAUUCUGUGGCGCAGAGAAACCGGAGGCCAUCACCUCCCAGUACAACAACAUGCGCAUUGAGUUCAAGUCCGACAACACCGUCUCUAAGAAAGGCUUCAAGGCCCAGUUCUUCUCAGACAAAGACGAGUGCUCCAAGGAGAAUGGAGGCUGUCAGCACGAGUGUGUCAACACCUUCGGGAGCUACAGCUGCCAGUGCCGGAGCGGCUUCGUGCUGCACGAAAACAAGCACGACUGCAAAGAAGCGGGCUGUGAUCACAUUGUGAACAGCGUGAGUGGCACCAUCACAAGCCCCAAUUGGCCCGAUAAAUACCCCAGCAAGAAGGCAUGCACCUGGGCCCUGUCCACCACCCCAGGCCAUCGCAUCAAAAUCGCCUUCAAUGAGAUCGACAUGGAGGCCCACUUGGAGUGCGCCUACGACCACAUCGAGAUCUACGACGGGCGUGACGGCAAGGCCCCCAGCCUGGGCCGCUACUGCGGCACCAAGAAACCCCAGCCAGUCAUCUCCAGCGGCAACAAGAUGUUCCUUCGCUUUUUCUCUGACAACUCGGUGCAGAAGAAGGGCUUCGAGGCUUCCCACACAGCAGAGUGUGGUGGUCGUCUGAAGGCAGAGGUCAAGACAAAAGACCUGUACUCCCACGCCCAGUUCGGGGAUAACAACUACCCCGGCGCCUCCGACUGCCAGUGGGUGAUCUCAGCAGAGAAGGGCUACGGGGUGGAGCUCAUCUUCCAGACCUUUGAGAUUGAGGAGGAGGCGGACUGUGGCUACGACUACAUGGAGCUCUUCGACGGCGCCGACAACAAGUCCCCGAGGCUGGGCCGCUACUGCGGAUCAGGGCCCCCAGAGGAGAUCUACUCCGCCGGCGACUCCAUCGUCAUCAAGUUCCACUCCGAUGACACCAUCAACAAGAAGGGCUUCCACGUGCGCUACACCAGCACCAAGUUCCAGGACACACUGCACUCGCGCAAGUGACCAGCGGGGGCCGGGAGGGGCCGCGUGGGGCAGAGGGGGAGGCGGAAGGGGCCCAAGGGGAGGCGCCAGCCCAACACUCGGAGACCCCCGGCUGCCAAGAUCACCCAGACCAGACGGAACGGCCGCAAGACCACCAAGCGCCCCUCAGCUCCCAGGACCACGGGCUCCCCCCCUAGACUGUGAGGAGUUAAGCCAU